UUCUUGUCCUUUCCCCUCACAAGCCUUGGAGAAACCCUGGUGGUGGUGGUGAGCGUCAUUGGGCAUGGCGGCUCUCUCGGCACCGGACAUGUUCAAGCUUGGGUUCAUUGGCGCCGGGAACAUGGCGGAGAGCAUUGCCAGAGGGGUGGCCAAGUCCGGCGUCCUUCCGCCGGCGAGCAUUCGCACCACGCACCGCCGUACCGAUCGCAGGCUCGUCUUCCAGUCCUUCGGCGUCAAGAUUUUGGAGACCAACGCCCAGGUAGUCGAUGAUAGUGACAUCAUUAUUCUCUCUGUGAAACCUCAAAUUGUUAAAAAGGUGCUUGUGGAGCUGAAGCCUUUUUUCUCAGAAGAGAAGGUUCUAGUUUCCAUUGCUGCAGGAAUCAAAUUAAAAGAUCUGCAGGAGUGGUCUGGUCAGCGUCGAAUAAUAAGGGUGAUGCCAAAUACUCCUGCUGCUGUUGGUCAGGCAGCAUCAGUCAUGUGUGCUGGUGAGAUGGCAACUAAGAAAGAUGAAGAACGUGUAGCCAGUUUGUUCAGCGCAAUUGGGAAGGUAUGGACAGCUGAUGAAAAAUAUUUUGAUGCUGUGACUGGCUUGAGUGGUAGUGGCCCUGCUUACAUUUAUCUAGCAAUAGAGGCCCUGGCUGAUGGUGGGGUGGCUGCUGGUCUUCCUCGAGAUCUGGCUCUUGGUCUUGCUUCUCAGACUGUUUUAGGUGCUGCAGCCAUGGUUAACCAUACUGGGAAACAUCCUGGUCAGCUGAAGGAUGCAGUUGCAUCUCCUGCAGGGACCACCAUAGCUGGGAUUCAGGAAUUAGAGAGGGGUGCAUUCCGCAGUACCCUGAUGAAUGCUGUUGUUGCAGCCACAAAACGGUGCCGAGAACUAUCACAAACAUAGUAUUACCAAGUGGCUUUUGUUUAGCUAGGAGGGUUGAUGCAUUUGCAGGGGCUAUUGUAUCAUGCGGAGUUGUUAUGUCAACUUGCCAUGCCUAAUUAGUUACUGCUGUGUUCUUCAGAGAAGGUGAAAUCAUCUACUAACUUUCCUGCCCCUUAACGGAUGUUGCCACAACCAAUGAAUCUUCAAUAAUUUUUACUUUCCAGUGGAAGGAUUUCUUAUGCAUGCAUUGCUUUUAAUGUGAAUCUUAUUUAAAGAGUUUGGUUGCUUUGUUAUGGCCAGAUUUA